CCAACAAUUCCUGAAUCAGAAAAUCCGUCUUCUUCUUCUUCCUCACCUUGCUCUUCAAGUCAUCAAUAUGUAGAAAAAAAUUUAUAUGGGGCGAUUUCUUUGCUUUUUCACAACCCAAAAACAUUCUCCUCGCAAAAGCGCCUUAUAGAAGACCAGAAUCAUGGGUUUCUCCGAGGACCAACUCGAUUAUGUUUUGGUCCCGAUUGGAUUCGCCAUCAUGUUAGCUUAUCAGCUUUACUUUCUCCGUAGAUACCGCCACUUCCCUAAAACAACAGUGUUGGGCAUGGAGAAUGAGGAUAGGAUGGCGUGGGUUGACAGCAUAUUGCAGUCUUGGAAGGGGCCAAUUUUGCAGGUGCCACUUAGUUCAAGAACAGUCGGGUCGAAUGUUGUCGCAUCUAACAUAACAGUUGCGACUUUCCUGUCAUCAGUUUGCCUAACUCUGUGCUCUCUGCUGGGAGCAUGGCUGGCAAACUCCUCCGAAAACCCAAUAGAGGGCUUGGUCUAUGGCAACAACGGUGCAUCGACUGUGCAGGUCAAACUGCUCUGCCUUCUCAUCUGCUUCGUGCUUGCGUUCUCGUGCUUCCUUGAGUCUGCCAGGCAGUUCGUGCAUGUGAACUUCCUUGUGACCACAUCAAAUAGUAGCCAGGACAAGGUCAACUACACGAAGGGAGUGGUUGUGCGAGGAGGGGAGUAUUGGAGUGUCGGUCUUCGGGCGCUCUACUUUGCCAUUUGUCUGUUGCUGUGGUUCUUCGGCCCCAUCCCUAUGUUCGUUGGCUCCAUUGCUCUGGUAAUGAUCCUUUGUUUCCAUGACAUGCAUAGCGUACCUCUUCAGAGGCGUGUGUCUCAAAAGGCAGCGUCAACUACUAGCAGCGGUGUCUCGUAAAUGGAUCAGGCUUCUUCAGGCGAGCAGCAAAGAGGAUGAUGAAGAAGUCGGGGGAAACCUUAGUUAAUUGUUCAAAUUGCCUCUCUUUUGCUCCCAAGUUGUAGGUUACAACUGAUAAGUGGAUUGGGAGUUUGCUGAGAAGAUGUGAAGAUUAUGGAGUGCCGAUUGAGCUCAUCAGCAGCAGUAGUUGAUCUUAUUAUGGAAAGAUUUAUUUUCCAUUGUAUUUUAUGUACAUAUUUUUAUAUUCCAUACUUAGCAUACACUAGUUUAGCCAUAGAUGAUGCUUUCCUAUUUUGCUUUGGACUCUACUGUAUACAUACCAGAAUAAUGAGUGAAUGCAAUAAGCUUCUUCUGCUCAA